AUGACGUCUCUGCUUUGCCUACCUGACAACUGCGAGAGGGUGCUCCUUUUUGGAGGAGUAUGGGCAGCCUGGUAUUUGAGCCUCACUUCACCACAGAUCAGAGAGAGCAUAUGGACAGCCUUGCCUGCAGUAAGGCAGUCCAUGCCCAAGAAGAUAUUUGUUGUGGGUGGUCAUGGAGGACGUGGCGAGAGCCAGAAGCCGUACUCGAAGGCAGAGGUCUGUGAUGCAAGGGGCGGUGCCGCCUGCACCUGGGAGACUUCGAAAGGCCCGUGCCUGGCCCGGACACACGGUUCGGCAAUUGCAGUGAGCCACUACUUGUACGUCCUGGGCGGGAGAACGAGCGAUUGCCACACCACCACCUCUGUGGAAAGGCUUGACUUCUAUCGUAGCUUGGAGUGGGAGUGUGCGCCAUCCUUGGCGAGUGCUCGGCACAGUGCGGCAGCCUUGUGCAUCUCGGGGAGUCUGUACAUUCUCGGAGGAUUCGAUGGUGUUGAUGCUCUUGACACGUGUGAAGAGUUGAGGCAUCAGGAAAGCUACGUGAAUUCGGACUCUUGGUGUUCUCGUCCGCCGUUGUCUUUCCCUCGAGGAAAGCAUGCUGCAGUCACCAUAGGCAGCAGCAUCUACCUUCUCGGCGGUAUGGAUAGUGGCUACCGAAGCCUGGACCUGGUCAGUUGUGGAGAUUUCUCAGAUUGGUCAGAUUGGACCUUGCAGCCACCGAUGCAGCAAGCCCGCAGUGGCUGUGCCGCUGCCGUGGUCCUUGGCGCCAUCGUGGUGGUCGGGGGCGUCGCAGGUGGCUGGACGACUCUUUCCAGCGUAGAGCGCUUCCAGCCCCAGCUUGGACACUGGGAGACCAUGGCGCCUAUGCAGAUCAUCCGGCGAGAGUGCGCUGCAAUCGCCUUUGCGGGUGAGCUCUGGGUACUGGGCGGUGCCUCCUAUGGUGGGCGGAGCUCUGGGAAAGUCGAGGUCCUUCGUGAAGCUGGGUGGGAGCUCGGCCCUUCCCUCAUGCCUCGAUCAGGUUGUGCCGCUGUCUUUCUCCGAGGGUGA